CGCGGUGAGCCGUGUCGGGGUUCUGGGUGCCCCGUGCAGGAGUGAUGGGGUCCCCCCAGGGGUACCGAGCUUCGUGGUGGACCUUCCUUCUGCACCAGGCACCGCACAUCAACUUCCAGUUUGAGGCAGUGGGGAGCGAAUUUGCCCCAGAGGAUUGGGGGUACCAGCAGGCGUUGCUGUUUCUGGCUAGCAUCUCGGGCCUGUGCUUUGCCAUCAGCCUAGUUCUCAUCUGUGUCUACCUGAUCCGCUUCUGCUGCUGCAGCAAUGAAGAUGAUGAGGAAACCAAGACACAAAGGGUUUGCUGCGUCACCUGGAGCUGCGUGGCGGCUGUUAUCGUCUGCUGUGCUGGGAUUGGCAUCGGUUUCUAUGGUAACAGUGAGACCAACGAUGGUGUAUACCAGGUCACAUACUCGCUGCUGAACACCAACCACACACUAAGCUCCAUCGAUACUCUGGUAUCAGAGACAGUGGAGCUACUUUCAGCAACUGUAUGGGGAGAGCUUACCCAGCUUGAGGAGACGCUAUCCCCGCGAACUGAGCUGGUGGCCGUGGUCCGGAACACACGCCGCCAGGCCGAGGCAGUAGCACAGACCCUUGAUGGCAUUCCUUUCUGGAGCGAGGCCCGGGGUGGGCCCAGCAUCCUAGCAGAACAAGUUGGCUACUUGGAGGAUUACAGGUGGCUGGCCUACAUUUUGCUGCUGCUAUUGGACCUCAUCAUCUCUCUCUUCACUUUGCUGGGGCUGGCGAAGCAGAUCAAGUGGCUGGUAAUCGUAAUGACUGUAAUGAGUUUCCUGGUUCUCAUCCUGAGCUGGGGCUCCAUGGGGCUGGAGACAGCAGCAGCUGUGGGACUGAGCGAUUUCUGCUUUGAGCCAGAUGGCUAUGUGAUGAACACAACCCAAGCCAGGACUGGACUUAGCCCAGAAAUCCUGCAAUACUAUUUAACCUGCACCCAGGACAUCUUUAACCCUUUCCAGCAGAGGCUCACCUUGUGUCAGAGGGCCCUAUCCAACAUUCACUCUCAGCUUCAUGGAUUAGAAAGAGAAGUCAUCCCACAUUUCCCAGCAGCUGAGAAGAACAUCUUGUCCAUCCAGAGCACUUUGAACACCACAGAAAGCAAUUUCCAUCAUCUUGUUGCUCUGCUCAACUGUCGAGGACUUCAUAAGGACUAUGUGGAUGCCCUGAAAGGGCUGUGCUAUGAUGGCAUGGAAGGGCUGCUCUUCCUCCUCCUCUUCUCCUUCCUCUCCGCCCUUUCCUUCACCACUGCUGUCUGCAGUCUGCCCCGUGCCUGGAAGAGGUUCCAGAACAGGGACUCGGACUACGACGACAUGGAGGACGACGACCCUUUCACGCCCCAGGCACGUAGGCCGCCGACGGCGCGCGCGGGGGGGGCCGGGCCCACCCUGCCCGGCUCCUAUAGCCACUGUUCAAGCUGGGGCAGCCGUGGCAGCCUGCGCCUCUCAGCUCCCCCCAUUUCCAACGCCCCCGUCUCACAGUACAUGAGUCAAAGCGCUUCGUACAGUGGCAGUCCUCGAUUUGAGAGUGUCCCCCUCAUUGACCGUCAUUCCCCACCCCCUUCGUAUUCCCCCAGCAUGCGAGCGUCUUACGUCGGUGCUAGCGAAGAAGCGGACCUUCCCUACCGGACCGGAUUCCUGCCCUAGGUGCACCCCAGAAGACCCCCCAACCCAUAUCCAUGCCAUCCAACUAACACAGAGCAGCCCCCCCAGCCAUCUAUUACCAGAGAGCAACUGAAGCAAGCCUUGUCACCAUGUUCCUCACCCCACCCCAUUCACCUGGAUCUCUUCUUCACUCAUUUCAUUUGCUUGCCUUCUAUUACAAAACAACGGAGAAAUAUGUUAUCUCCUAUGGGAUACAUAGGGGACCUUAAACAGAGGCAGGAGUGAGGAAUGAGCAAAAGGCCAAGGAAAGGGAAUCCGAGAAAGAGAAUGUAAUAAUUAAAAAGAGAGAGAGAGACAUAGUUGGGACACAGGACAAGGGUGCCAAGACAAAGGAGUGAAUGAGUACAUGAAUGAAUGAAAGAAGGAAUGACAGAAAACAGCUGGUGAUAGAUCAAUAAAAUAAAAAUAGAGUGAACAAAUGGACAUUUAUACACAAACAAGGGUGUGCAAGAACCAAUGAAUGGGUGAAAAGAUGGAGGGACUGGAUGGAAGAAGGGAUAGACUGAAAAGUGCAAAAGGAUGAGAGUCAAAACUGGUGGCAAUACGAGCGUAAGAUACGGAAACUGCUAAAGCCACCCCUCAAGAGACUCCAUGCUCUCACCACAGUCAUACCAGAGAGGUGGAAUACACCACUGGGCCCCACAAGGAGAUCCAAGGGAAGAGGGGAGUCCAGUAGGGGCUCAGAGCUAUCCCUGCUCCCCACCAGCCCCCUUGCUCCUAAUUAGAGCCCCCUCCCAACACUAACAAGCAAUUGGAACUUGCCCAGUUUAAAAUAAAAGGGAAAGUUUAUUUUA